UCUUACCUCACAGAGGUAGCUCCUCCGCCGGCUGCGACUGGCCGCCCGCGGUCCAUGGACCGGAACCCGGGGCCGACGGGCAGGAACCUGGGUCGCGACUGCCACCUCCCCGCCGCAGGCUCCUCCUCCUCCUCCUCGCUCCUCACGGCUUCCUCCGGACGCCCGCAGGUCGCGCACCGCCGUUGCCGGACUUGUGGCGCUGUCCCCGGGAGUCUGGGUGGCGGGUUCGCGGUGACCGCCGGACUGAGGCCUAGACUCCGCCGCCUCUCAGUGCUAUUGUCCCUGGGCCCGGCGCUGCCCCGGGCCGCUCGGGAAGCCGAGUGCGCCUGCUCCGUGGAAGAUGCCGGACCAAGCGCUACAGCAGAUGCUGGACAGAAGUUGCUGGGUGUGUUUUGCCACUGAUGAAGAUGAUAGAACAGCUGAAUGGGUGAGACCAUGCAGGUGCAGAGGAUCUACAAAAUGGGUUCAUCAGGCUUGUCUACAGCGAUGGGUGGAUGAAAAACAAAGAGGAAACAGUACAGCCAGAGUGGCAUGCCCUCAGUGCAAUGCUGAAUACUUAAUAGUUUUUCCAAAGUUGGGUCCGGUUGUUUACGUCUUGGAUCUUGCAGAUAGACUGAUCUCAAAAGCCUGUCCAUUUGCAGCAGCAGGAAUAAUGGUUGGUUCUAUCUAUUGGACAGCUGUGACUUAUGGAGCAGUGACAGUGAUGCAGGUUGUAGGCCAUAAAGAAGGUCUGGAUGUUAUGGAGAGAGCUGACCCCUUAUUCCUUUUAAUUGGACUUCCUACUAUUCCAGUUAUGCUGAUAUUAGGCAAGAUGAUUCGCUGGGAAGACUAUGUACUUAGACUGUGGCGCAAAUACUCAAAUAAACUACAAAUUUUGAACAGUAUAUUUCCAGGCAUUGGUUGUCCUGUUCCUCGGAUUCCAGCUGAGGCUAAUCCUUUAGCAGAUCAUGUAUCUGCCACCCGAAUUUUGUGUGGAGCCCUUGUCUUUCCUACUAUUGCGACAAUAGUUGGUAAACUGAUGUUCAGUAGUGUUAACUCUAAUUUACAAAGGACAAUCUUGGGUGGAAUUGCUUUUGUUGCCAUAAAAGGAGCAUUUAAGGUUUACUUCAAACAGCAACAAUAUUUACGUCAGGCACAUCGCAAAAUUCUAAAUUAUCCAGAGCAAGAAGAAGCAUAAAACUGACUUCUGGCUGUUGUGCAGUCCUCUCAUCCUUAUGAUUUGGUUGUGUUGUUUUGAUUCCAUCGAUAAUGCACAGUAGCGGAGACUUGGGAUAAACUGCUGCUCUUAUAUUUUCAAGAAAUAAAAUAAAGCACUUAGAGCCGAGAUUCCUCUCAGUAAUCACAGAACCUAAGGAUGUGAUUUGUUUUCAUUGUUUUGUAUGUUCUUUUAUGGCAGUUAUCUGAACCAUUGUUUUUAGUAUGGUAAACCUGGGUUUUGUUCAUAUUUUCUCCAGAAAUGUAAAGAUCAAACUGCAAAUACUUUAAAAUGCACAUACUGUCGUAUUCAAAUGCCUCUUUUUGUACAUGGUCAUGUUCAGUGUUUUCUCAGAAUCAGUAACUCAAUGAAGGCACUGUGAGGAUUUUUCUCACUGGUAUAAUUUGAUUAUAUGCUAAACAUGAGUAUAUGUUAAUAGGAGGAAAUGUAAAUUAAAGUAGUCAUGAAUAACCAAAAAUGUAUGUAAACAUUCAAAUAAUUAUCUGAACAAAUGCAGUUUCAUUGUUUUUUCUUAACCCAGGUCAUGUACUCCAAAAUGUGGUAGGGUCAAAACUUACAGGGCUUCCAGAUCACUUUUUCACUAUCAACUAUUAUUUAUAUAAUGCUGACAUCUCAUAGUUCAUUAUGUAAUUUUGACUCAUGAAGUCUUACUCUGUGUGUGAGAGUCAUCAAUCCUUUCAUCACUGGAGUAAGGUUUUUAAAUAUUUCUAGAAAUUAGAGCCGCCAGUUUAUAGUAGUUGGAGCACAGAAUGAUUUGCAGAAAAAUUAAUAAAGUUACUAUAGUCUCCUUUUUUCAUUGAUUCAGGUAUUUGUUGAUCACCUCCUAUUUGCCCAAGCACUGUACAAAAUGCUUUGGGGUAGUCUAGUGAACAAGACUGACUUAGUACAUGCUUUUAUAGAGUUUAUGGUCUAGUUUCAACAGAUAGGAAACCAGCAGUAAGUAAACCAAGGUGAGGCCUUGAGAUCUUUGUUUUUAUAUCAGUCAAUAAGGAGAUAAUUAUAUAAACAAAAGUUCUUGAGUAAAUAUUGAGGUCACUGUUGAUUGGCUUAUGUCAGUAUAUUAUUUUUUAAACAAUACAGAUGUUUUUAGAUUUUAAUUGCUUGUCAUAUUGAUAAGACUAGCACCUUAAAAUAAUAAUCACUGUUUUACCAGUUUUAUAUUCAUUUUUCAAGAGCAAUUAUUUAUUUUAAGCAAUUUUCAGUAGUGGCCCUUUUAAUGUUCAGCAGUCUCUGAAUGGUCUUGCAGUUAUUUUCACUAACUAAAAAUUAAAUUUUUUAAAGUUCCAAAAACCUAUUUAUUUUCGUGCUCAUAGUAUCUAAUGCAUGACAAUAUUAACUGUGUCCCCAUACUGAUAAGUGACCACUUUUGUUUUGGAGUGUAGCAAUUAUAGAUUGAACUAUGCUAGAUUGCAAAUAAUGUAUGUUACCUUUAGUAAUUUAAGACUGGUACCUUUCUAUAAUAUUAAUGUCUUAAUUUUGAGUUAUAACAUGAAGUAUAUGUGAAUGGUUGUGAUUUGGGGGAGAAAGAGAAGACAGCCUUAUAACUGCUAUAAUUCUAAGGGGAAGUAUAAAAUCUAUGAUUAUAUAUAAAUAACUUAGAUCAUAUAGUUGUAAUUAUAAAACAUUGGUUUUUCCCUAAUUUUCAGUAUGAGAAGACAUACUGCGUAUUAUCUGCAUAAUUUUGUUACAUAGAAGAGCUUUUAAGCAGCUUUUGCUACAGUUAUAAAAGCACACAAUUCCCCAUUUACUACUUUAACGUCCAAGUUGGAGGAAGAGCUGUCUAGAUUUAUAGACAGCAAGACUUGUGAGGGCCAAGGAAACAACAAUUUCUUUGGGAGCAGGUGGGAGGGGCUUCUAGGGCUGUGGGGAGGGAAUUGUUAAGUGCCUGGGGACCAGAGUGGCCUCUAGCCCUGGAAAUGAACACUUGAGUCUAAUAAAGAGCCUUAGUUACAGAAAUACCAUGUGCCAGUUUCUUCAAGAACAUACCUGCAUUACCAGAAAGCUACAAAAGAACUCAGGAGUCCACUAAAGUUGAAUGGACUGAGGUCCAAGUUCUAAUUCUGCUUCUAAUAACUGGUGUUGGUCAGCUAGUUCUCUUCUCUAAAAUGCAAAUAAUACUGAUCUCUGCAGACUUGUUCUAAGAAUGGGAGAGAGGCAGUGUAGGCUCAAAACAGCCCCUCUAAAGUAGUUGUUUAAUUGCUAAAUAGCCUGCGUUAUAGGAAAAGGCAAAAAGAAAGGCAUGAGAGACAAACCGAUAAGAGUUGACAUGGGUGGGUAUAUUAUUUUAUCAGUUUAAACCUGUUUUUUAAAAUUCAGUGAUGAUGUAUUUACUGUUGAAUGUAAAAUAUUAAUUCCCCAAUAAAGAUUAAAAAAAAAAAAACAAGGGCAACAAAAGGGGGGAUAAAAGAAUAUAAAUUUAAAAAUUCAAUGAUGACUAGUAGCAUUUUCUUCUUUGCAGAAGUUAAUUUAUCUCCAAAGUGGCUGAAAUUAUUGUUCAUCAUUACAUGAUUAUCAAAUGACUGUGAAGAAUAUUCAACUUAGUGACUUAGUCACUGCCUUGCUAACUGUGCUGUAAUUUUUUUUUUAUGUCUUGUUUUUAAUAUAGCAAACUCUGAAUAACUGGCCGGAUUAGGUUAAAUAAAGAAUUUUUACGUUCA